AUGGAUCCCCCAAAGUACAUCUUCGGCGCUCAGGGUUUUGGCGUGGCCUGGACAGAGAGCAAUGUCGACAGUCUGAUGAACAGUCUCAAGCAGGCUGGGAUCAGUCAGUUUGAUACCGCUGCUCUCUAUCCAGCUACCAAUCCCGGUGCAUCCGAGGACCUUCUGGGUAAAGCUAAGCCACGGAAUGCAAUUAUUGGCACAAAGGUGCUUUUCAUUGGCGAUGAAUCGCUAUCACGCGAGAAUAUGGGGAAUUCUAUCAGAGCCAGCCUGGACCGACUGAAAGUCACGAAGAUCCACACCCUUUAUUCCCACGCGCCGGAUCGCAAGACUCCGAUUUCUCUCCAAGCCGCAAACUUCGAUCACUACUACCGCCUGGGCUACUUUGAACGGCUGGGUCUAUCCAACUAUAGUCCCUCGGCGAUCCGUACCUGGAUGGAGGUUGCGGAGGAAAAGAAUUUCAUUCGGCCCUCUGUUUACCAGGGCCAAUACAAUGUCUUUUGCCGUGGCUAUGAGGUAGAAUUGUUUCCAGUCCUCCGUGAGUUUGGUAUUGCAUUUGAAGCCACUUCGCCAUUGGCUGGAGGGUUUCUGACAGGAAAGCUUUCCUAUUCCCCAUCCCCCCAGCAGUUGCAAGGUACAAGAUUCGAAGUCGGAGAGGGAAACAUGCUCGGUGCUGUGUACCGGAUGUGGUAUGAUCUGCCCGCCUACCACGAAGCGAUGCGCGCCUUGGACAAGGUAGGCAAGGAUCUGGGAACUACGGGUGCCCAAUGCGCCCUACGCUGGCUUCUUUUCCAUUGCAAGCUCAAAGACCCCGACCGGAUCGUUAUCGGACCAAGCACCCUCACGCAGCUCCAAGACUAUGUUGACGCUCGUCAGGCUGGACCGCUUCCUGGUAAUGCGGCUGCAAAAAUCGAUUCCCUUUGGCCCAGUCUCAAGGAGGACUCCGCUACGAUCAUUGAGAAGGGAUGGUGGGGUCUUUAA